AAAAACUGGAUUAUUAUUAGCAUCGUCGUUCGACCGAGCUCCUCCUUAUUCCCAGAUCUCUCUCUCUCUCUCUCUCUCUCUCUCUCUCACUCACUGCGAGAAGGGGAGAGUUGAAGUCGCCAUGGUCUUGGCGAUCAAGGUUUAUCUUCUUCUUCUCCUUGCAUUAUUUGCGUCAUUCGCGAACUAUGGAUUUUCGCUUUACGAAGAUCAGGUUGGCCUCAUGGAUUGGCGCCAGCAGUACUUGGGGAAAGUGAAGCACGCAUUGUUCCAUUCUCAAAAGUCAGGGCGAAAGCGUGUAGUAGUAUCUACAGAAGAGAAUGUAAUUGCAUCACUUGAUCUUCGGCAUGGCGAGAUUUUUUGGAGACAUGUCCUUGGCCCCAAUGAUUCCAUUGAUGGAAUUGAGUUCGCCCUUGGAAAAUAUAUCAUUUCCCUUUCAUCGGAGGGGAACUUUUUAAGAGCGUGGAACCUUCCUGAUGGUCAGAUGGUGUGGGAGUCUUUUAUUCAGGGCACCAAGCCAUCAAAGUCACUAUUAUUGGUUCCAAAAAGUUUGAAACCCAACCAGGAGACCGUGAUUCUGGUUUUUGGUAGAAGUUGUCUGCAUGCUGUCUCUUCCCUAGAUGGUGAGGUUAUUUGGAAGAUUGACUUAACAGAGAACAGCGUAGAAAUUCAACAAAUCAUUCAGCAUCAUGACAGUGAUAUCAUUUAUGCUGUGGGAUUUUCAAGUCCAACUCAAUUUGAUCAGUUUCAAAUAAAUAUUAAGAGUGGAGAGUUGAUAAAGCACAGUACAGAAACGUUUACUGGUGGUUUUUCUGGAGAAUUGGUAUCAGUUUCUGAUGAUGUGCUUGUGACAUUGGACGCCACUAGGUCAAAUCUAGUUAUACUAAGCCUUAGGGAUGGUGAAAUUGGGAUUCAACAAUCACCUAUUGCACAUCUCGUUGAUGAAUUUUCUGGGUCAGUGGAAAUAGUGCCUUCAAAGCUUUCAGGGAUUCUUGCUAUUGAAGUUGGUUCUGUUUUAAUAUUAAUAAGAGUAAAAGGUGAAGGUGAGUUGGAGGUGGUGGAUAAAAUUCACGGUCAGGCAACUCUAAGUGAUUCUCUUUUAGUUUCAGAGAGCCAGCGUGCAGUUGCUCUAGUUCAGCGUAAGGGCAGUUAUAUGCAUCUAUCUGUGAAGCUAAUUGAUAGCUGGAGCAGUGAUUUUCUUGAAGAAAACAUAGUAAUCGAUGACCAAAGAGGAUUUGUACAUAAGGUUUUUUUAAAUUCUUAUAUCCGAACGGAUAGGUCCCAUGGGUUCAGGGCUCUGAUUGUCAUGGAAGACCAUUCACUGUUGUUAGUGCAACAAGGUGAAAUUGUGUGGAGUAGGGAAGAUGGCCUUGCCUCUAUCAUAAAUGUAGUGACAUCUGAACUGCCUGUUGAAAAAAAAGGCGUUUCUAUAGCAAAGGUGGAGAACAAUCUCAUUGAAUGGCUACAGGGACAUCUGCUGAAGCUCAAGGGAACUUUAAUGAUUGCAAGCCCUGAGGAUGUGGCAGCUAUUCAAAAUAUGAGGUUGAAGAGUUCUGACAAGAGCAAAUUGAGUCGGGACCAUAAUGGAUUCCGCAAACUGCUGAUUGUUCUUACUAAAUCGGGAAAACUCUAUGCCCUGCACUCUGGAGACGGUCGCAUUGUAUGGUCUCUAUUACUGCAUCCUUUCCGUAAAUCAGAAGCUUGUACUCCAAGAUGGCUCAACAUUUAUCAAUGGCAAGACCCCCACCAUCGUGCCAUGGAUGAGAAUCCAUCUGUACUCAUUGUUGGCCGUUGUGGACAAAGUAUGGGUGGACCAGGUUUUCUUUCAUUUGUUGACACUUACACGGGGAAGGAGAUUGGUUCAUCAAGCCAGGUUCACUCGGUUGUACAAGUCAUUCCACUUCCACUUACUGAUUCAACAGAACAACGCCUCCAUAUUUUAAUAGAUGCUGAGAGUCGUGCUCAUUUGUACCCACAAACUUCUGAAGCCAUUAGUAUUCUGCAAUCUGAAUUUUCAAACAUAUACUGGUAUUCAGUUGAGGCUGACAGUGGCGUUAUUAAAGGUCAUGCCUUAAAGAGAAACUGCAUUGAUAUCUUGGAUGACUACUGCUUUGAGAGCAAGGAUGUUUGGUCAAUCAUGCUUCCAUCAGAGUCGGAGAAAAUCAUUUCGACUGCUACGAGAAAUUUGAAUGAGGUGGUUCAUACGCAAGCAAAGGUUGCAGCAGACCAAGAUGUGAUGUACAAGUAUAUAUCAAAAAAUUUGCUCUUCUUGGCAACUGUUGCACCAAAAAGCAGUGGUGAAAUUGGAACUACUACCCCAGAGGAUUCCUGGUUGGUUGUAUAUCUUAUUGACAUUGUAAAUGGUCGUAUAUUACAUCGGAUGACCCAUCAUGGUUCAACAGGUCCAGUCCAUGCUGUCUUUAGUGAGAACUGGGUGGUCUAUCAUUACUUCAAUCUUAAAGCACACAGAUAUGAGAUGUCAGUUGUCGAAAUCUAUGAUCAAUCUCGUGCGGACAAUAUAGAUGUUUGGAAACUUAUUCUUGGAAAGCAUAACCUGACUUCUCCAAUUUCUUCAUAUUCUCGACCUGAAAUUUUGGCUAAAUCACAAUCAUACUUCUUCACUCAUUCUGUGAAAGCAAUAUCAGUUACGUCAACAUCUAAGGGCAUAACAUCGAAGCAGCUUCUGAUUGGUACAAUAAACGAUCAGAUUUUGGCUCUUGACAAACGUUACUUGGAUCCUCGGCGAUCUAUCAACCCCUCACAAGCUGAGAGAGAAGAAGGCGUUAUACCUCUUACAGAUUCCUUGCCUAUCAUUCCUCAGACCUACGCAACACACGCCCUUCAAGUUGAAGGCCUUCGAGGCGUCGUGACCUUGCCAGCCAAGUUGGAGUCGACAACCCUUGCAUUUGCAUAUGGAGUGGAUCUCUUCUUUACUCGGAUUACACCCUCUAGGACGUAUGAUUCGCUAACCGAAGAUUUCAGCUACGCUCUACUUCUCUUAACUAUCGUCGCUCUUGUGGUGGCCAUCUUUGUAACGUGGGGUUUAUCUGAGAGGAAAGAGCUUCAAGAUAAAUGGAAGUGAAGUGAGAUCUCUAGUUCUGCUUACUACAGCUCCUAACACACCCUCUCCUUUUACUUUCCCUCCCUCUCGGAUAAACUAAUUUUCAUUUCAUGAUUGUUUACAAAAUCCUUCAUGUACCUCUUAGUUUAGGCAUGCCAAGCUUUAGCCAUCUUCUUUCUGUUGAGGUUGAAAGUUCAUCAUCAUCAUUAUUUUUGCUUAGAUUUAUAAAUUAAUUGCUUCGAUUAUAGAUGGACAGUGACUUGCUAGUCUUUAAAAUUUCGAUUUUACGUUUGUUUUUGUAAUAACAUACAUAUAAGGUUUUUGUUUUAUUAAUUUGGAAGUUCUUAAAUCUCUUCAGUUCA